AUGUUUCCAGGCUUCAAAGAAUUCGAUAUUGCCGUCGCCCCAGACGUCACCAUCCACGGCAUACGUGCUGGCGAUGGCCCACCUCUUUUACUCCUUCACGGCUUCCCUCAGACCCACCACAUCUGGCAUAAAGUGACUCCAGAGCUCGUGAAAUCAUUCACCGUAAUUGCAAUCGAUCUCCGAGGCUACGGAAAAUCCUCCAAGCCACCAUCUACAGCAUCCGAUUUACAUAAAACCUACGCAAAGUCCACCAUGGGAUCUGACUGCUUGGCCGUCAUGUCGUCCCUCGGUUAUUCGAAAUUCAACAUUCUGUCGCAUGAUCGAGGCGCCAGAAUUGCCUAUAAAUUAUCUGUCGACCAUCCAGAGGCUGUCGAAAAGCUCAUGAUGUUGGAUAUUGCUCCGACACUGGAAAUGUUUGAGAAGACUGAUCAGCUCUUCGCGACAGCAUACUGGCAUUGGUUCUGGCUGAUCCAACCGGCUCCAUUUCCAGAGGAGUUGAUGAUGAGUGAGCCGGAAUUGUUCAAAGGGAAGUUCUUUGGGGGUGGGUAUGCUGGGACAGGAAGUUACAUCAAUGAGCAGGCGCUGGGUGAGUAUAUGGCUAUGUUCAGGGAUGACGCUUGCGUGCAUGCGAUGUGUGAGGAUUAUAGAGCUGCGGCUACGAUUGACCUCGUGGAGGCGAGGAAAGACCGCGAAGAUGGGAGAAAGAUAAAAUGCCCUGUCAAAGUGCUUUGGGGAAACAAGGGGGUGAUUGAUAUGAAGUUUGACUGUCUUGGGGAGUGGAAGCGCGUGUCUGAUGGAGAGGUCACAGGCGAGAGUGUGCCUGCAGGACACUACAUUGCUGAAGAAAUACCGGAAAUCUUGUUGAAGCAUGUCAAAGAGUUUUUCGGCUAG